AUGGAAGAAAAGCACAUUAGCCAAGAACCGACAGAAUCAAGGAAAAUGGAAAUGGGAGAUGAUCUUGAAGAUACAGUGGGAACCACAGUUGUGGGCUUUACCAUGAGAGGAGGGAUCAUUUUUGUAUCUGACUCGUUGUCCCACAGCUCCAAGACGGGCGAAGUUAAGCCCAAUGUUAAAGCCCAGAAAAUUUUACCUCUUAAAUUUUCUUUGGUGGGGGCCGGAUCCGGAGCAUCGAAGCAUGUCAAAUCUAAGCUAAAAGGUCUUCUGCAGGAGUAUGGUACUCUGUAUUGCUUGGAGUCCAAGGAUGGGAAUGCUUCUAAAGAACGCUAUUUCUGCAUUGGGAGUGGUGAAGGUCCUAUGAAAAGAUUUCGAGAAAAACCUUACAAGGCUGCGGAUGGGAGAAUGCGAAAUUGGGACGUACACCAGAUGACCUCUGAUCAAGCAGCAGAAUUUUGUAAGGAAGCCAUUUGCUACGUUUCACUAAGAGACCGUGGCACCGGCGGCCAUGUCAGUGUUUACUUCUUAAGCAGGCAAACUGGAGAAUGCACAAAGAUUGUGGAUGAGGAAGAUAUUGAGGGUCUGUUGGACAAUCAGUACCCUCACCUCAGAAGGGAAUACCAGCAAAUGUUGGCCAAGAAACCUCGUGCCAGUUUUAAAGCUAAAAAAUGAAAAAAUGGAUGAUGUUGAUGCUGCCCUUCUUAGCCAAGUUGCAUUGUUGAGUGACAAUAUUCAUCAAAUAAUUAUUAGCAUAUGUAUUAUAAGUAUCACUCUUUUAUUGUACCAACUGAAUCGUAAGUGUUAGAAUUGGGGGCCAUUAAUUAUCAAUCUCUUAAGUUAUGUUUCAGAAAUUUGCCAACACUACCCAAGAACUCGAUCGGUACUGGGGGCACACCAACAGGAUGCCUCAAUUUUUAUUUUAUUUUGGGAGUAUAAUCGGCUUAUAAAUAUUUUUACAAUUUGGAUUAUAUCUUAUGGUUUUAGAAUUGUAAACCUAGGCAAAUGAUGGGCAGAAAGAAAGGAAACGUGGCGGGAGAAGAAAAAGCUCUGAAAAAUCAUGUCUAAUUUUCACCAAGUUUGUAAAUUGUGAAUUGUUAGUACUUAGUAGAGAA